AUGGCAUUGGACAAAGGCGCAAAGGCCAUCGCCGUCAUGUGGGCGAUGACAAUACUGUCAUUCAUUUUUGUGCCUCUGCGCCUGUACACGAGAACCUUUAUCAUCAAAGCACUCGGCAUGGACGAUCAUGUGUACAACCUUGCCUGGGUCUUCUUGCUGCUGUACACCGUGUUUCUCACUAUUUCCAAUCAGCACGGAUUCGGGCAUCCCAUCAAGACAUUGUCCUUGGACGAGGCGGUGCAAGCGAUCUACCUGGAAAUGAUCGGGCAAACGUUUGCCGUCCUGGGAAUGGCCAUCGCCAAGCUGUCUGUUGGUAUAUUCCUCCUCCGCCUUGUGGUCAAGACAUGGCAUCGAGUGUCGAUUUGGGUAUCCAUGGUCAGCUUGUCUAUUGUCUCGGUCUUGACGGCCAUAAUGUUCUGGACCCAGCGGCUACCAUCUAAGUCCAUUUAUGAUCCGCGCGUCCCCGGGCGGACUGUCGUCAACAUUGUUCCCUUUUCAGUGUUGCUUGGCUCAUGGUGUGCCGCGGUGGACUUUUACUUUGCCAUCCUGCCUUGGAUCUUCAUCUGGAAUCUGAACAUGAAGCAAAAGGAGAAGUUGAUCAUCGCCAUUAGUUUGAGUCUGGGCUUUAUCGCCGGUAUCUGCGGUGUGAUCAGAACGAUUGACUUGGGCGGGCUCGCAAGCGCCAAUUACACCGAGUCCACAGUUGAUUUGGUCAUAUGGUCAGCUGUAGAGAUGGCAGCGACACUCAUCUGCGUCGGCAUCCCCACCGUUCGCCCCUUAUACCGCCACAUCGUCCACGGGUCGCGGUUCAAAGAAUCCAACGAGGGUUAUAAGAAGCAUGACGAGAGCGGCGAAUCGAACCCGGUGAUCAACAUGAAGCCCCUGGGCAAAAAGCCUCGGAAGGGUGAUCUGGACACCACAACAUCGACAGUUUUGGGAGAUACUGAGUUUGAUAUGCCUCGCGGCGAGACAUCGUCGUAUGUUCAACAUGUGAGAGAAACGGACGAAGAGAGGCUUGUGGGUUCUCCCAGAGGGCCGUAUGGCCACUCCAUCCAAGUGCAAGAGGAGGUGACGGUUGAAAGGACCUCAAUGAUGUCUGGCUAA